AUGAAGGUGUACCAGGGCGUUAUGAUGGCGCUAGAGAUUUUAGUUCUGAUUGUGAAGCUGUAUGCGACCUGGUUCUACUGCCUCUACCGCUUCUUUGUACCGCCAGAACCUAAGAGUGUUAAUGGGGAAAUUGUGUUGAUAACUGGAGCAGGCCACGGAAUGGGAAGAGAAAUGGCGUUGAGGUUCGGCCGCUUAGGAAGUGUCAUAGUCUGCGUGGACAUCAAUCCUAAAGGCAACGAAGAAACUGCCGAAAUGGUUAAAGAGAACAAGGGAAAGGCACAUACCUAUAAAUGUGACGUAACAGACCGAGAGGCCAUUAAUCAGCUGAUAGAAAAAAUUCGUAAGGAAGUCGGAGAAGUCACGAUUUUGGUGAAUAAUGCUGGUAUUAUGCCAUGCAAGCCUCUACUCCAGACCAAUGAAAAGGAGAUCAGGCUGGCCUUUGAAGUCAACGUUCUCUCGCAUCUAUGGCUACUCCAAGCUGUGCUACCCUCGAUGAUGGAGAGAAAUCACGGUCACAUCGUCGCUAUGUCUUCAAUGGCUGGAGUCCUUGGUCUCCGUAAUCUGGUGCCCUACUGCGGUACCAAGUUCGCAGUCCGCGGAAUGAUGGAGGCUCUGCAUGAGGAACUUAGGGAGGAUCCGAGGGACUUCAGUGGAAUUAAACUAACUUGUAUCUACCCGUACAUCGUUGACACCGGCCUGUGCAAGAACCCGAAAAUCAAGUUCCCGUCACUGAUGAAGAUCAUAUCACCCCAGGAGGCAGCCGACAACAUCGUGGAUGCCGUUAGGAGGAACUACUCAGAGAUCACAAUUCCCAGCUCCUUAUUUUAUAUCAAUCAGUGGUUCCGAAUAUUCCCCAGACCCGUGCCCCUGCAUUUAAAGGAUUUCUUGGAUUCUGGACUUGAAGCGCAAUAG